AUGGACUUUUACUACGAUCCCCAUGAAGGGGUGUACUACGAGGUGCGGUCGUUCAUAUUUGAGCGUGGAGACAACUCAACAGACUGCGUCUCGUGCACAGACUCGCUGCCAGCGUGUCCGCAGUGUGCGGAAACCGAACUGUGUCUUCAAACGUCCCGUACCUGCUCGGCAUGUCCCACGCGUUACUGUGCGAACAGCACGACAUCAUCGGCCUCAUCGAGCGCUUCCGCCACCACCAAAAGCUCGUCGCUCAGCUCCGCUAAAGUCGGAGGUAUUGCUGGUGGAGUGGCUGCGUUUGCGUUUCUGAUACUUGUUGGUUUGUUCUAUGUUCUUUACAAAAAAUGGUACAAGAAAAGAUACCCAUACGGCUUCUUUUACUACUUUGAAGACGACGAUGACGAACAAGACAAAGAACAGUUUAUUGGUGACCAGGUCAGACAACGGCGGAACUCGCAGUCGACGCUCACCACUGUGGCCAAUUCUGUGCUGACCAAGGCCUCGAACGUGAUCAAUGUGACAUACAUUCCGGGAGUGACGACAAGAAACGGCAGCUCCAGACUGACAAAUAGCCGGGCAGGCGGGUCCUCCAACGGCAGCAACAGAGCGAUGAGUGUUUACUCUAAAGAGACGUAUUUCAGCGAUUUGGAAGCCGCUUCCAUUCACGGAGGAAAUGUGAUCACUAGGGGAGGUAUUCCGAGAUUGGUGAACGUGGAGGAAGACGCGUAUGACUACGAGGCACCAAAGAACCGGUUUGUGUUGGAAGACACGAUUUUAGAAGGAGAGGAGAGCGAGGAGGACGAGCCCCAGUACGGCACCGGCACUGGCUCCAACACCGGGUCGAACUCGAAAACAGGCACCUCUGGCGGAACAAACCUGAAUCUGGGCCCGUUGGUGCUGCGGAACAACGAUGACGUGCUCGGAAGCAGCGACGAGUCCGAUUUGGGAGACUCUGACGAGGAAAACAUCGAGUACCUCACCACACAGCACAUGAGAGAACAGGCAGAUUCUACCAAAACGAAAGGGGAUACGGUGUCGCUGGACAUCCCGCUGGAUACGCUGGACCCCGCAGACAGCGGCGAGAUGCUUCUGGAGGUGGACUUGGAUGUCCAAGACCAGCAGCAAAACCCGUUUGAGUCUCCGCUCGAUUUACAGGAAAAGUAG